AUCAAGCACCAAGGCAUGCAGACUGCUUCUACAAACAUUUGUGAAAGAAUGGGUUGCUCUCAAGAGCUCAGUGAAUUCAAGCGUUACAUCAUGAUAGGUUGCCACCUGUGCAAUAAGUCAAUCCAUGAAAUUUCCUUGCUAUUAAACAUUCCAUCAACUAAUAGUGGUACUAUAACAAAGUGGAAGCAACAGGGAACAACAGCAACUCAGCCUCGAAAUGGUAGGCCAUGUAAAUGACAGAGCGGAGUCACCGCACAGUGCACAGAAGUUGCCAACUGUCUGCAGACUCAAUAGCUAAAGACCUCCAAACUUUGUGUUGCCUUUAGAUUAGCACAACAACCGUGCAUAGAGAACUUCAUGGAAUGGGUUUCCAUGGCCGAGCACCUACAUACAAGCCUUACAUCACCAUGUGCAAUACAAAGCGUCGGAUGCAGUGGUGUAAAGCAAGCCGCCAUUGGACUCUAGAGCGGUACUUGUUUGACUGCAUUGUGCCAAGUGCAAAGUUU